AUGACGCUACAUUCAUUUUGCAUAUCGUUGGCUAUCCUGUGGCUGCUCCUCAGAUUAUACAAAUUUCUGUCCAUUCCUGUCUCUGAGAUCGUCAAUACUCUUAAUAUAAAGACCCCUCCAGCCGUUAAAGUGUCUAUCGACAAGAUUUCGUCGACUUCAAUAACGAUACAUUGGGAAAAUGAACCCACAAUAAACAAUUCUGACAAUUACAUAUCAUAUUUCUUACUCUACAUGAACAAUUCACAGGUUGCUAUAUUCCCAAACAAUCCAAAAUCACUAUACACAUGUUGCUCUAUCACGAAUCUAACUUCGCAAACGCAAUACCAAUUGGAUUUCAUUACUGUAAAUAAUAUGGGAUUUGUCAAUAAAGUUCCAUCCAUCUAUUGUAUGACUAAAGAAAAGAAUAAUGUUGAGUAUACUAAUGAAGAAUCAGGUUUGAAAGAUAGAGAAUGGAGACGUAAUCCAGUGACUUCAAGGGUAACUAGGACACCUUCAAAUGAUUCUCCAGUAAUGGAAAGUAACGACUCAAAUCCUAAUACAUACACAAAUUUGACCUCUUUGAAAGAUUUGGAAAAUUAUUCAAUUGAUGAUUUGAAGAAGAUUUUGAUUUGCUCACAAGAGUAUCUACAUGAUGUAUUGGCAAAAAAAAAUGUCUUGGCCAAUGAUUUCAGAGAUACCAAGCUAGGUUUAGAAUUAGAACUAGAGAAUUUAAAAAUCCAAUGGUCUCAUGAAAUUGAAUUCAAAAGAUCUUUAAAAUCAAAUAUUAAAUCUUUAGAAAAUUCAAAAUUAUUAUCUGAUUUGAAAUUUGAAAAAUUGCAGGAAAAAAUUGAGAAUUCUAAAACCAAAAUUACUAAAAUGAAAAACGACAUUGAUCGUUGGAAUGAAUUGGAGCAAGACGAUUUAAAUUUGGAUUAUCUUAAAGAAAAAUAUGACAAAAUGAUUAAUGAUAAAACUAACUCUCUGAAGGAAAUGGAUGAUAAAGUAAAAGCAUUACAAGAAGAGAUUAUUUUCAAAGAUGAUGAAAAUAAGAAAUUAAAUGUCUUGAAAAGAACUUCUUCCUCAACGACCUUGGACGAUUUAAAUAAACCUUCCUCCAAUGAUUUAUUCAAUAGUAAUCAAAUGACAAGUAUAUUAAAGAAACUUGAUGAGUGUUCCAACGAAAAAACUGGCUUAUCAAAUGUUAAGGGAGAAGAUCAUUUGUCGAAACUAAAUGAAAAUAGUAUGCUGGGAAAACUAAUUAAUGAACAACUGAUAAUUGAUAAUAAUAAUGAAUAUCUAUGGAAAUCCACCAAAACAAAUCUUAUCAAAAGAAUAAGCUCUUUACAGGAUAAGUUCAAUGAAAUCAUGGUACAAAACAACCGAUUAAAGGCAACUAUAUACGCGCAACCAUAUGCUGUUAACAAUAACGCACCCGUUGAAGCGACGCCUCCACAUUUCCUACCAAACAUAGCUACAUCAAACUCAAGCUCAAAUCUAGCUCUUUUGAACAGUAAAAGAGGUCAAACUGCUAAACCGCUACUUUCAGCAUUCAAUGUUAGUUCUAGCGAUAAUAGUCCUCAAUACCAGGAUGCGGCUGCAUCAAAUUUAAAUCAAGUUAAUCCGUCGUUAAUUGUAUCGAAUUCGAGUCAGCAAGGUUAUUUGUCACCUAUGAGCUCCAACACAGCAUCAUUUUUACCAAGCAAUAACAACCCAAACAUGUUACAUGACGAUACCAUUGGACAUCCUUGGGGAUUUUCAUCCCCACAAGCUCCUAUUCAACCACAGAGAAAUGAGGAGGAUCAGACUUUUGAGUAUGAUGAUGCUAAUCAUUUAAUUAUGGGAUUACAAGAUAUUAUAUAUGAUGAAACAGAAUAUCCUGAAUCUAUUAGCAAUUAUUCAAAAGUAUUCACUACAGAUCAAUUAGACAGCUACUGGACAGAUCCAAAGAGAAAUGCUAGCGGUAGUAACAACCAUAAAAAAGAGCUUCCAGAACAAUUAAGGAGUCCACUACCUUCCUCGUACAACAACGAUGUCUUUAUAUCUCCUUCGUCGAUGCAGACACCCAUGAAUGGCACCACUUUGAGCUCAAGUAUCUCUCAUAAACCAUUUGGUGUUGAUGGAUUCACCACAAGUCCUUAUUACAAUGGUACGGAUACCAAUCAUCAAAUAAAUCUCGCAUUACCACUGCAUGACUCCUACGCAACCCAAUCAACUGAACUUGAUCCCUUGGCCGUUAGCGAAAGCACCAACGUUAAUCCCGACGAGACAAUCACAGAAGGUGACGAAAUGGCAGCUAACCAUGAUGCAACCAUAUUCCAUUCACCUUCUUUCAAUUUCAUGUGGCAUAAUACCAAAUCACCUCGCAAGACGUCGUCGGGCAGUGACGCUCAACGUCAUAAGAGAAAUAAGAGCAAUAGUAGUAGUAGGUCAAGUUGGAGCAAUAAACUAUCGCUGAGACACAAAAGCACAAGCAAACCAUCUAUGGUAAUCGACGAAGCUACUAAUGCGUCGGUGAGUUCCGGUGAUUCUGUGAAGAAAGAAGGUAACGAUGCGGCUAAUGAAGAACACGCUAAUAGUGGCAGAAAAAUGUCAAAACUACUAUCGAGAAGCACAAUGAAUAGCAUUUUCAAGCUCUCUUCUCAUGAUUCGCAUUCUCCUUCCACUCAGCAAUCGUAA